AAACGUAAUUCGUUCCAACUGAAUUAGAAAACAUCUCUUUUCACUUUCCAUUUACAUCAACAUUAUUACUUAUCGAGCCUACACUCAUCAAAUCACAUCAUGCAGGUACGUAAGGGAACGCCCAGCUUUUGAAUUAGAUUUCUGUAACAAGUUUGAUGUUCUUGAAGUGCGUUGCGACGACUUUUGAAAUAGUCCAAUGCAGCUGUGCGGUGCUGUCAUUGUGCAUCACCGCCGUUUCGAACAUAUCUACAUUGCGCUUUGAGUUCACAACCGAUCGUUAGUCAUAGUUGACACGAACUGCAUCGAUUCGAAGAGAUACGUAGGACGAGCCUCUGGUUCGCUUUUUCAGACUGAGCUGAUACAGCGAUCUCGAAGAAACCACUAACCCGCGUGCCCGCAAUGAUUCACUCACCCGAUUUCGUUUCGCUUUCCUCGCUUCUCUACAGAUUUUCGUAAAAACUUUGACCGGCAAGACAAUCACGUUGGAUGUCGAGCCUUCGGACACCAUUGACAAUGUCAAGACCAAGAUCCAGGACAAGGAAGGAAUUCCUCCGGAUCAGCAGAGAUUGAUUUUUGCUGGAAAGCAAUUGGAAGAUGGAAGGACCCUAAGCGACUACAAUAUCCAAAAGGAAUCUACUCUUCACUUAGUGCUUCGUCUUCGUGGAGGAAUGCAAAUCUUUGUCAAGACCCUCACGGGAAAGACUAUCACGUUGGAUGUCGAGCCUUCGGACACUAUUGACAAUGUCAAGACCAAGAUUCAGGACAAGGAAGGAAUCCCACCUGAUCAGCAGAGAUUGAUUUUUGCUGGAAAGCAAUUGGAAGAUGGAAGGACCCUAAGCGACUACAAUAUUCAGAAGGAGUCCACUCUGCACCUGGUCCUUCGUCUUCGUGGAGGAAUGCAAAUCUUUGUGAAGACACUCACUGGUAAGACCAUCACACUGGACGUUGAACCGUCUGAUACCAUUGAUAACGUGAAGACCAAGAUCCAGGACAAGGAAGGAAUCCCACCUGAUCAGCAGAGAUUGAUUUUUGCUGGAAAGCAACUGGAAGACGGCCGCACCUUGAGUGACUACAACAUCCAAAAGGAAUCCACGCUUCACUUGGUCCUCCGUCUAAGAGGAGGAAUGCAAAUCUUUGUGAAGACGCUCACUGGUAAGACUAUUACACUGGAUGUGGAACCAUCUGAUACCAUUGACAACGUGAAGACCAAGAUCCAGGACAAGGAAGGAAUUCCUCCUGAUCAGCAGCGUCUUAUCUUUGCUGGAAAGCAACUGGAAGACGGCCGCACCUUGAGUGACUACAACAUCCAAAAGGAAUCUACCCUUCACUUGGUUCUCCGUCUUCGCGGAGGGUUCUAAUCGAUCUAGUAGUCCUUUUUUCAAGAUCGUGAAUUUUGUCUUUCGGCGAUAACAUUUUAGAUCUAGUUUCAAUUUUAUAACAACAAUAGAUUCUCGCUUUUCCU